CAUUAAGUAGGUACUACAAAUACAAUCCAUCAUCGCCCAUCGCCCGACUCUGCUGGAUCGCUUUCUCAGUUGCUCUCUCACACUUUCCUUCUCCGUCCUCACUGGUUAUCAUCUGUCACAAACCCUAACCACCAUUUUCCAGCCAUCCAGUAUGGGAGAGAAUGAUCUAGACCGUUCUACGUCGGAGCAGGAUUCGUUCGCGGUUUCUCACCCCGUUUCCCGGAAAUCGGUUCAUCAACUUCUCGGCGGAGGCGCAGUUGCGGAUGUGCUGUUGUGGAAGCGAUGGAGCAUUGCAUCUUUUAUACUAGUCUCCACAACUGCUGUUUGGUUCAUUUUUGAACGGGCUGGAUACAGUCCAUUAACACUUAUUGCAAAUGUGCUACUUCUUCUGGUUGUCAUAUUGUUCUUCUGGGCGAAAUCGGCAUCUAUGCUCAAUAGGCCUCUUCCUCCCCUACCUAAUCUGGAAGUUUCUGAGGAAUUUGUCGGAAAAGCUGCUGUGGUAUCACGUGUUUGGAUCAAUCGUGUACUAGCAGUUGCACAUGAUAUCGCCCUUGGGAGAGAUGUCAAAUUAUUUCUUCAGGUUGCUUCAAGUUUGUGGCUUGUUUCAUGUUUCGGGAGUCUCUUAAACUUCUUAACUUUUGCCUACAUUGGUGUUAUUCUUUCCCUCACGGUUCCCGUUUUGUAUGACAAGUACCGGGACCAAGUUGAUGAAAAGCUGAUUAUAACACACAAAAUCCUUCUGGCACAGUACAGGAAACUUGAUGACAGCAUUCUAAGCAAGGUUUCAAGGCCAAACAAGGAAAAGAAGAUCCAAUAGAGAUGACUGUUUUUCUGUAUAGGAUCCUACCAUCGGCAUUAGCAUAUUUAUCCGCCAGUGGCAACUGCAGGAGUCUCAUUUUCAACUUUAUAUAUAUAGUGGGAGACUCGUUUCUGACUGUUGCUUUGAGUGAACAUGUUAUUCACAAGUUCUGAUCGUCUUGGGUUCUAUCAUCAUUCUUCUUUUGCUCCGUUUUUUCGGCUCCCACGGUAGUAAAAAUUUCUGCUAACUUGAAGGUGCUAAGGAUUGUUGAGUUAUCUGGCAUGUGUUGACAAUGCACCCGCAGUAUUUGAUUUUUUUCCCAUCCCUUCAAAUGCUACAUCUACAUCUGCUAACCAUCGGAAUCUCGUUAAUAAUAUCCGCAAGUUCUAUCCUAUAUUCCUAUC